AUGGACGAGUUGGACGCAGAUGAUUCGGAUUCAGACGGUUACAAAUUCUCCUUGACUCUUCAGAAUCCAGCACAUCGGUAUCGCACAGCUCAAGUGUCGCGUAUUGAACUUGGCCAUUUCGAAUUCUACGACAUCCAACGUGUGUCAGACGAAUACAACAUUCCACAGAAUAGUACGCUCGCUCAACGCCUCGGCAAAGCAAACACAGAACGCCGUCAACUUCUCGCAUACUACAAGGAACACAAGGAAAAGAUUUCCGAAUAUGUUGGUGUAGCCGUGCAAAAGGUCACAGAGGUCCAAGAGGAGUCGACCAGGGAUACAGGAACUCGAAGCAUUUCUAGAAAAUGGACACAGGAUGACACGGUCUACGGUAGGGAUAAAGAAGAUGGAUCUGAUUCGGGAGAAACAAAGCUCUCUGCAACGACCUCGACCGCCGGUGGCCAGGCACAUGCCUUGAUAGCGCCACCGCCGCCAGCAGACGUGGUGAACACAACCCAGAUCCCACCAUUUAUCUGCCCAUAUUGUUACCAGACAAUCCAGCUCGAGGAUCUGGAUAAAGACUGGAAGUAUCACGUAUACAGUGACUUGCGGCCCUAUAUCUGCACAUUCGGAGACUGUGUCAAAUCCAACCAGUUGUACGACAGCUACACGGAAUGGAGUGAGCAUGAACGACAAUUCCAUCGGCGAGAGUGGAUUUGUAAUAUAUGCUCAUAUGCUUUCAAAUCCGAGGCUUUAUUCCGGAAUCAUCUUGGGGAUACUCAUACCGGAGUACUUCCUGAAGACCAGCGGGAGGCGGUGGUGAAACUGUCCGAACGACCUACAUCUUCUGCACAGCAAUGCCCCCUGUGUACGACACUUCCCAUUACAAAUCCGAGUCACUUUCAGCAGCACCUAGCCCAACAUCUCCGGGAACUCUCUCUUUUUGUUCUGCCCCAUCCCGAUCCAGAAAAAAAUGAAAACGCAGCCCGCGAGGGGGAGUCAAAUGAGUUCCAGCAAGUUGUGGUAAUUGACCAUCAAGGGAGAUCAUCAUUGGAGUAUAUACCAACAAACCAAAGAUCUUCAGUGUUGGAGAGAGGUCAAACUUUGAGUGAGGGUUCGGAAUCAUAUGAUCGACUCGAAAGCCCCGAGGCAGAGAAUCAGCCAGUAACUCAAGGCCAAGUGGACAAUGAGCUCCAGGAAAUGGAGAACAAUAAAAGGAUUCUGGGGCUGGAGCACACAUUGACUGUGGAAAGCAUGAACAAGCUCGUGUCAACUUAUUGGAAGCGGGACCAAUUGGAGGAGGCCGCGAAACUCUUAGAGCAAGUGCCGGCGAUCAGAAAUAUGAAGCUCGGCGAGGACCACUCCGCUACACUGACGAAUAUGAGCAACAUCGCGUGUUCAUACAAGAGCCAGGGGAAUUGGGUCGAGGCCCUGAAGUUUGAUCUAAAGAUGUUGGAGAAGAAGAAGCUGAUGCUUGGUCCGAGACAUUCGUGGACCUUGGAUGCUAUGAAUGACAUAGCCGACUCAUAUGCGAACCUUGGUCGCUACGAAGAGGAAGAAUUGAUUGCGCGCCAGCUAGUCGACAUCGCUGGGGAAGUACUAUCGCCAACGGAUGAAUCGCUAUUAAUAUGGAAAAUGAGCCUCGUUUCGACGUAUCGAAACCAAGGGAAGCUGGACCAUGCCAAAAAGCUUGGACAAGAGGUUGCCACUACUUGCCAAGUGUCAUUUGGCAUGAACGAUCCCUUAACACUCACCGCUCUAGUAAGCCUUGCAUCUACAUAUCAAGAUCAAGCUCGAUGGUCAGAUGCCAAGGAUAUCGGAAAGGAGGUAGUGAGAAUCAGCGAGAUUGUGCACGGCGAGACACAUCCCGAAACACUUGUGUUUAUGAGGAAACUGUGCUACACAAUCAGAAAUCAAGGCCACCUAGAAGAGGCUAAGAACCUCGGAGAAAAGGCCAUAAGCGGGAUGGAAAAGGCUGGGAUGGGUCGCGAUAGACGCAUGAUGGUCGCCAUGGUCGAUCUCGCAGUGACGUAUCGCGAGCUACGAUUAAUGCCCGAGGCCGAAGCUCUAGUAUCUCGGGCUUUACAUUUAAUGGAAGAGACCCUUGGCAGGGACAACCCACAGACAAUCUCCGCCAUGCUCGAUCUCAGUGUCAUAUACCAAUCGCAGAACAAGCUGGAUGCUGCGAAAGAGUUGGCGGAGACGGUGCUUGCGCAUCGAGAAAGAAUUUUUGGGAAGGAUCAUCCUGACACCGUUGAAGCGCUGGAGAAUUUGAGGAGUAUCAUAUAG